AUUUAACAGUAGACAACUUCGCACAUUGUCAGCCAUAUAUUAUAAUUCUCUUUGUUGUCAGCCAUGAAUGAAUUAUUGCAAAAACAUGGAUGUGCAAACGUUUUCACGGUUCCCGAAGGACUCAGGGAGCUCAUGUCGGACAUUACAAGAGAGGUCUUACGCGACCAGCCUCCGAAGAUAUUUGAUUAUAUAGCCAACUACCUCUCGGUGUUGCUGAUCACAAGGGAGCAUGGGAUCCUCGCUGUCAAGAUCCUGGAUGACCUCUGCGACUGCAAACCCUCGGUUUCCGAACAUCUGCUACAGCUGGGCAUAGAAACAGCUCAGGUUGAGAUUCUUUCGCAGAUUAUAAAAGAAGAAGUCGAGAGUGUAGAGCCGGUGGAAGGAAAAGAAAAAGUUAAAGAAACACAAAUAAUGAAGAAGAUCUUAACAAAAGCAGCCUUAGAUGAGGAUAUGUCUGCCAAAGUGUGCCAAGUUGCCAGAAACGCUUAUCGAGACUAUUGGUACCGAAAAAAACUUAUGGAAAAGAGUCUAAGUGUGCAACCUAACGAAACUUGGGAGAUCGCUGCUGAACGCACAUUGGCAUUGUACAAAAAAACUAAACCGUCUUUUGACGAAUUGUCUAGAGCUACGGAGAAAAUACAGGCAGCGUAUAGAGGUUACUACGUGCGUCGGAAUUUACUUCGCCACUUGAAGCCUAAAUCGAAGAAGAAAACUGGACCCAAAGUCGACAUGCCUGGACCUCCACAGGACGUCGAUGCAUCCAGAGAAAUUGACCUUGGACCAGUUAUUGACGUAAAGGUUCGCGAAGACGAUGUUGGCGCGUUGUUCGACGAGGCAGUUGGAGAGAAACUUGGUCUUCAUUACGACCCCACGAAGACCAUUACUCAUAUGGCGGACGAGGGACCAGUAGAAGACCACGAAUCAGCAAACAGAGGACAGAAGAAGUCCAGAGGUGCUUUGGUGAAAAGCGGCACUGAGGUCACUACUGGUUCUCGUCAUGCUCGCUUGUCAAGCCAGAUUGAAGUUCCGUUAGAGAUCCAUGAGCCAAGCAUGAUCUCCGAAAGUCGACCGAGCCAUGCCCCCAGUCAAGUGCCGACUGCCAGUGAACUGCAUAAGAUAUCAUUCUCAGAAGUGCCUCCGGAAAUAAUAAUAGUGGAUACUGAAGAAGCUCAAGAAGUUCCUGAGGAAGCGGGAGUGGAGAGUGCUCCUGAAGUUACUGAAAUAAAGCCUGCAUCUGACAGAGAGGGUGCGCAAGAAGUACCUGAAGAUAUACCAGAUCGCAGCGAAGGCAGCGGCGAAAGUGAGAGCGUGCCAACAGCAUCUGUAGCAUCAUCAGCUCCUGACACUGCCAACACCACCGACGUGGAAGAUGCCGGCGAAGAUGUGGAAACAGCAGAAGAAGGAGAAUAGUCAGUUUAAAAAAAACACAGAAUUAAACUUGAAAUUUGUAACUAUGACAUACAGUAUUGGCUUUUUGUAUAAUUGCUAAAAAUGAUGUUUAUUUAAAUUAUUACUUUUUCUAUAUUUGCUGAAGUUUUUGUCAAUUUAAAUUUCAAAAGGAUUUUUCAUUGUUGAUGUGACCAACUCGAUUGUUUGUCAAUAAAUUAUGUGUUGAAUAAAUGAAAUAAUUUUAAAA